AUGCGGAAUCUGCGCAAUAUUAAGCAUGCCGCAAUAAGGUUCGGCCAAGAUGAGUCGCACCUCGUAGCAACCGCAUGGGACUCCACUGGCCUCAUCUGCUGCUUCGGUCCAUCAGAAAGCAGUGCGACAAUCACCCUCAAGCGACUAUCAAACGACACUUUCAGUCCGGAUCAAACAGUCUCAAUCGCAUCCUGGGACGCUCCAUCUCCCAACCCACACCUGGCAGUGGACCGAGUGUUGAAUCUUCACAGUCUGCAAGACAGCGGCUCUGUAUGUCUCGUCCUUGAAGGCGGCGACAUCAUCGUCGUACGAGAGGAUGCUCAACCUGGAGAAGAGCUAAUCGAGAUUGUUGGAUCUGUCGAUGUGGGCAUCUCUGCUGCCGAAUGGAGCCCAGAUGAAGAAUUGCUCGUCAUUGCCACCAAAGCCGACACUGUGCUGUUUAUGACCAGGGAAUUCGAAGGCACCGCAAGCAUAAACCUCUCGGCAGAUGAUCUCAAGGUCUCCAAUCAUGUCUCUGUGGGUUGGGGCAAACGCGAGACGCAAUUCCAAGGUCGAGGUGCAAAAGCUCUGCGGGAUCCGACCGUUCCUGAGCAUGUUGAUGAAGGCAAGCUUAGCGAAUUCGAAGAUCGCCGGACUACGAUCAGUUGGAGAGGCGACGGACAGUAUGUGGCUAUCAAUAGCAUACUGGAGGCAGAGACAACGAGACGAGUCAUCCGAGUUUUCUCUCGAGAAGGUGUCCUUGACAGUGUCAGCGAGCCUGUCGAUGGCCUCGAAGGCGCACUUAGCUGGAAGCCGAGCGGUCAAUUGAUUGCCGGAAUCCAAAGACACGUUGACAAGAUCGACGUUGUCUUCUUCGAACGGAAUGGAUUGCGCCACGGCGAAUUCUCUUUACGACUCAGCAAGUCAGAAUUGGACACAAUUGGCAGCAACAUUGAGUUGUCCUGGAAUAGCGACUCCUCAGUCCUUGCAGUUUCGUUAGGAGGCCGUAUGCAGCUCUGGACCAUGGGAAACUAUCACUACUAUCUCAAGCAAGAAGUCGUCUUAGCACCCGAGAGCUCCAAACAAGCCAACGCUAUCUGGCACGCUGAAAGGCCCCUCCGACUAGCUUGCUUCCACGAGAACAAUAUACGGCUCCUCGACUACAGUCUUGAAGUGUCUCGCGGCUCUGUGGUCCCACCGCACGACGUGGGCGCAGUGGCCGUGAUAGAUGGAAAAACUCUGAAAGUUACUCCCCUCAAGACCGCCAACGUUCCGCCACCAAUGGCUUUCGAUGAGGUCGAACUCCCUUCCAACGCCAUCGAUGUCGCCUUCAACAAGAUUGGAAAUCGAUUUGCUGUCCUGCAUACAGAUUCUGUUUCCUUGUGGACGUGUGACUACGACACACGGCCUGCAAAGCGUGCAAAGUUGGACCGCACAGUCGAGUUGGCUUCACCCUCAUCCGAGGUCCGCUACCAGGUUGCUAUCGGGCCGGGCGAGGAUAUUGUGGUCGCAACGUGCAGUGUCAAUGAACAAGGAGCAAGAAUAGUUCGACCACAUCAUGAUGGAUCUGACUUUGUAGAAGACUUGAGCGGCGUUUCAAGCCUCUUCCCAUGCACGAACCACGACAGAAUACUGGCCGAGAAUGACAAAGGGGAGGUGUUGGAGCUCAUGAAUGCCUCAACCUCUACCAAUUCGAUUGGCAAGCUGCCGACCCUAUGCCCAACGGUCGACGCAUGGAAACAGGAUGACACGCAUAUCUUGUUCGGUCUCACGCCUGGAGGCACAUUGCAUGUCAAAGGCGAGACCCAAGCCCUGAAGAUUCCAGGCUGCACAUCCUUCGUCGUCACGACGAGCCACUUGAUCUACACCACGAGCCAGCAUCUUCUCAAAUUUGUGCACUUGCAUCAUGGCGAACUUGAAGUGCCGCCUGACGAACCGGAGAAAGAUGAACGAUGUCGCAAUGUCGAGCGCGGUACGAAGCUCGUUACAGUCAUGCCUGGCGCAUAUUCGCUGGUACUGCAGAUGCCUCGCGGGAAUUUGGAGACGAUCUAUCCUCGAGCUCUGGUACUUGCCGCUAUCCGCCACGCAAUCUCGAAUCGGGAUUACAAGAAAGCCUUCUCCAUCUGUCGAACUCAGAGAGUCGACAUGAACAUCUUGCACGAUUAUGCCCCAGAGCAAUUCAUGCGCGAUGUUGAUCUGUUCAUCAAGCAGUUGAAGAAAGUGGAGUACAUCGACCUGUUUCUCAGCUCGCUCUCAGAGGAAGAUGUCUCAAUGACUAUAUACAAAGAGACUCUCAAACUGAGCCAGCAGGAUGCGACAGCUAACGGGCUCACGAAUGGCGAUUCCCACCUCGCUCCUAUCACAUCCUCCUCGAAGGUUAACCGAAUCUGUGAUGCCUUCCUGCACCGUCUACAAGGGCUCGAGAGCACAUACUUGCAGAGCAUUGUCACGGCACAUGUAUGCAAGAACCCACCAGACCUCGAAGCUGGUCUCCUGCUUGUCGCAGAUCUUUGCAGACAAGAGAAGCAAGACCAGCUGGAGCAAGCCGUGGAACAUAUUUGCUUUCUCGCAGACGUCAAUCAGCUUUACGACACCGCACUCGGUAUCUACGAUCUGGAUGUUGCUCUGCUUGUUGCUCAACAGUCACAGAAAGAUCCGAGAGAGUAUCUCCCCUACCUACAGAAUCUUCACGACAUGGAAUCAUUGAGGCAGCGGCAUGCUAUCGACAACAAUCUGAAGCGUUAUCAAAAGGCUCUGUCUCACCUUCAUGCACUUGGCGCGUUCGAAGAAGUCAAGGCUUACGCCGCCAAGCAUGAACUCUACAGCACCGCCAUCGAUCUCUAUCGAUACGACAAUGCUCGCUUGGUCGAACUUAUGAGAAUAUAUGGCGAAUUCUUGAGCUCCCGAAACCGCUACAAAGAGGCCGGCAUCGCUUAUGAGUACAUCUCAGACUAUGCUUCUGCCUAUGAAGCGUACCGAUCGUGUAGCAUGUGGCGAGAAUGUCUCGCUUCUGCUGGCCUGACAGGCUUGUCGGACGAGAAGAUGGCCGAGCUGGCCCAAGAUUGUGCUGACAGUCUGGAGGAGGCGAAGGACUACAUUGCAGCGGCCACUAUCUAUCUGGACCAUUUGGACGACCUCGAAUCUGCAGUCAAGUUUCUGUGUCGAGGAUACCAGUUCGCAGAUGCUAUCAGGCAGAUCGCGCUACGGCGGAGACCAGAGCUCUUGCGGAACCUAGUAGACCCUGGCUUGAUCGAAGCGUCCGCGACCAUGACCGAGAUGCUCGCUGAGAUGAAGACUCAACUUCAAGCUCAGGUUCCCCGACUCCGCGAGCUACGUCAAAAGAAAGCCGAAGACCCCAUGGCUUUCCUAGAUGCCGGAGUGGGCGAAUACGAUGAUGCGCCGGAUAACAUCUCCCUCGCUCCCACCGACACGACAACCGCCGGGACGUUCAUGACAAGGUACACGAACCGCUCGACAGGGACUCUCGCAACAAAUGCCACUCGAAAGACCUCCAAGAAUCGGCGACGGGAAGAGAGGAAACGAGCCAGAGGGAAGAAAGGCACCGUCUACGAAGAAGAGUACCUCGUCAACUCCAUCGCCCGUCUGAUCGAGCGCCUCAACUCCACCGGCGAGGAUACGUCGAAGCUCGUGGAAGGUCUGAUGCGGAGGACGAUGAGGGAGCGGGCGGUAGCUGUGCAGGCGGCGUUCCAAGAGGUCAUCGAUGCGUGUAGGAGCUGCAUGGAUGAGGUGUUCAAUACUCCUUCUCCUUCGUCUGAUGAUCAGCAGCAGGUCAAUGGGGAGGUGGAGGCGAGGCCGUGGGGCGGGGAGGGCGUGCUUUGGGAGGCGAUGUCUGCGUCGCAGCAGAAACGGGAGGCGCCAGUGUUGAAAGCGUUUGCGGGGUUGAGUUUGCUUGAGAAGUAG